GCAGCAACUACACGCUCCUUUCUGACGCUCCCUGGGGAUGAAUCCCCGGAGAAGGCUUAGAAGGCGAAAGGCGGAGCUUGCCUGAUUUGCGCCGCUGGGAUUAGCUUUUCCUGGACCAAGCUUUUUGAGCCGCUGAUUGGCUUUCCGGGGAAAGGGGAUGGUAUGAUUGACGGCGCUCAAAAUGGCGGCGCCCAUGGUUAUUCCCGAUACCGAAAGAGUUCAAAAAGCUGUGACCUUGAUCAAUGCUCUGGAUACAGGCAGAUUCUCCCGCCUUCUCUCCCGCAUUCUUCAGAAGCUUCACAUAAAGACAGAGAGUACUUUCACACAAGAAGAGGAAGAAAAACUUCAAGCUGCAUUCUCAAUAGAAAAACAAGACCUUCAUCUUGUACUUGAAACCAUAACAUUCAUUUUGGAACAGGCCGUAUAUCAUAACUUGAAACACACUAUUUUGCAACAGCAGCUGCAGCAUUCUAACUUGAGUCAUGAUAAAAUAGAAGUAUUUGUUACCACAUGGGCAGUUGCAGGUCCAGAAAUUGUGGAAAAGUUUAGACAAAGAAUUUUGUCACCACAUAAGCUUGAGACAAUCGGAUGGCAACUUAACCUUCAGAUGGCUCAGUCCAUGCAGGCAAAACAAAAAUCUCCUCAAGCUGUUUUAGAACUUGGAGUCAGCAGCGAAGAUUCAAAGAAUGUGGAGAAAAUAUUUGUGGAAUUCAAUCAUAAAGAACUGUUUGAGUUCUAUAACAAGUUGGAAACAAUACAAAUGCAGCUGGAUUCACUGACGUGAUACUAUGUGAAGACUAAUUUCUCCAUCACAUUCCAACUGUUUUGAUACUGAAGAUAUAACGGCUGAAUAUAUUUGCUGAAAUACUCAAUGGAUUGCUAUCAAUAAAUGAUUUAAGCUUCUUUGAUCAUUCACAUUAGGUAAAUAAAAUCAUUGUUAAGAAAGUUUUGGUUACACUUGACUACAGGGUAUUCAACUUUUUGUGACGCAAUGUACUAUAUUAUUGUGCAGACUUUUGAAUUAUGAAGUCUUCAGUUUUUGUUUUGCAUUUCCAUUGUGGAUGGCAGUUUAUGUAAUACUGUAGCAUAAUAAACUGCAUGUAAUCAUUAUCCAAAGUAUGCUUAAACAGUAGAAAAAGAUAAUUAAAUUACUAAAACAUUGGCUCCAAUAUGAUAUCUUGUCCAUAAAAACAGUACAAAUACUCUAACUUUGGACUAUUUUAGUUUAUUACUUAAUGCUUUUGUAUUUGCUGCCAGAUUUCCCAGCUAUGACAAAUAGCAAGGUCUGCUUGUUUUUGAAUGCUUCAGUGAUUGCUAAAACGCUUUAAAGGACAAUUGCCCUCUCAUGCAUCAAAAAGAGAAUAAUGAGAAUUUCUUAACAAAUUGUUUACUUGAUGAACAUUUUACCAUUAAGAUUUGAUUUUGUAGAUUCCCAGCUUGAAAGAAAUUAAAAUUAAAUUAAAAUUAAAAAAACAAGGCCCUUUUUAGUAAAUCCAAGGCAGCGAGGACGAGGUCCUGUGCUACAAUGACGAUGGAAACUGUUGUCGAUGCAGAUUGUUGAUGUGCCUUUUAGGGUGCCUUAAUGGUAAGAAGCCGAUGAGUUAUAAUGCACACAUUACAUUACUAAUUGGGAAAGGUAAUGCAUUUCUUAGCUUUCCUAGGUUUCUCAUUUUCGUUCAAAAGUAGCUGCUGAGUGCACAAAUAAGUGCAUUUAACAAUGACAAUUAAAAGUCCUGGCAGAAGGUUAAAAGUCUCUGCCAAGUGUCCUUGGUAUAAUAACUAAUUGCCAUUGCUACAUCUGGGAUAUUAUACUUAGAGUAGGAUUGAGCAAGUUUCAUUAGUAAUAUGGAAAUGUAUUGGGCCUCAGGUGAACACAGCAACACCUUUUUGGUAUUCAUUUAAGGAAUUCCACUUUUUUCUAAGAAUUCAUGCAUCCUUUACUGGACCAGUAAAAGGAGAAUGCUUUUUAAUUUUUUUUGCCCACAAACUCAAGUAGUUUAUUAUGGUUGUGCAGUUGACUUGGAGAGAUGCUUAAUUGAACAAUGCCAGAAACAAAAUGUCAUUCCAGUAUAAAAUGGGCCCAACAGAAAGAUUAACUUCACCUCUUUGAUACAAAAAGUAGGAUUUUUGUCAUCAUGUGGAGGAAACUCCCUCCAGAUCAGUGACAGAGUGAUAUGAACAAAUACAAAAUGCUUUCUAUUAGGAAUUGAAGGCUGUCCCUGUGAACAAGGAACUUUGGCACACACACAAGUGGACAAUCAAAGCCAGUGGAGAAGCUUUCCAGCUGCAGCCCUCAGGCUUCUAGCACAAGGACAAGGAGUCAUAAAAGUGAAGAAGUAUUUUUUCCUCUUCAGAUCAGUGAGCAAUUUUUUUCCUGUCCUCUCUCUAGCCAUGACAGUUAGAUGGCAGAGCCCAGUGGAGAGAUAGUAGCAACACAGAGAAACCACAUAGAUUUCAUAGUGACACAUCUUUGUUUUAAAGUUUGCAAUCAUUACAGUAAUGAAGGAUAGGCAAGUUGAAGCAGAAGUCUUAAUUAUACCUUCUGGCAGGAGUCCUUCCUCUCUUGACAAAGGAUUCAGAAGGGUCUGAGGCCAAGGCUUAAAACAGUUCUGAUCUACAUCCAGGUGGCCUUCCAGACAGGGCCUUCCAGACAGAUACUAAUUGAUGGACUAAGGUGGACGGUUUCUGCAACAUAAAUCUUCCAGCUGUAACCAACCCUGCAAGGAGAUUAUAAGUGGCUAUAUAAGUGAAUCUCCUGCUUCCUGUUAUUGAUAUGGUGAAUGGAGAAUUAUGGAUCACGGACUUGAAUCUUGUCUGAAGAUGGAGCCUUACAAUGUGGACACAAAGGAAAAUGAAGUCUCCAACUCUUGGAGUGAAGUGAAGUAGCAACCUCUUCACCACCACUACCUUAGGUGUGUGUAUAUACACACAUGAUAUGGAAAGAUCAUAAAAGAGGCAGCACAAAACUGGGCACAAGUAGCUAUAUUGAUAGUUGAGUGAGCAGUACUUCCCUAAUGGCAUUGUCAUGAUUGACAUUGCCUGUGGAUGAUUUAGCCAUUUAUACAAAACUGGAAAGGAUUUUGAGACAUAAAUGCCUUUGGUCCUAUUAAUGGAUAGGAAUGCAAUUGAAUUAACCCCAGAAUUUUAUUUUUAAGUUUAUUCUAUAAAUAAACAUAAUGUAGGUCAGUGUAAAGCAAUGUAAGUUAACUGAAAUAUGUUUAUAUUCUAAAACUUUUAAAGGCUAUAUUUAUAGGGGGAAAAUGCAAUAUCAGAUUAUUGUCACUUAGAAAUUAUGAUUCAUAGACAAAUUAGUUUGCAGUGUUCAAGUCAAGCAUUAUUGAUUGGCACAUUAACACUUCAACUUUCUGCAAGAUACUGCAUUAAUAUUUCUGCAACUUUCUUAUUUUGAUUGAAAAAUACCCAUACCUGCAUUGCAGAAGGACUUUUUUCUUAUUAAAACCAGUCUAAAUAAUUAUUUCUGCAAACUCUUAAACUCACUUCAAAUUCACCCCAGUCAAUUAGGAGUAACCUUCAAUUUUGCUCUACCUAUUUUGUAGAAAAUAUGGAUAUAUACAAUCUGUAAGCAAAAUUAAUUUCGAGGCACAGUUGGAAACAAGCACAAAACAUGCUGUUGAUUCAUCUAGUUUCAUUUAGCUUGGAGAUUAUGAUAAACUGAUAAAUUUAUCAGAUUAUUAAAGCUAUACAAUUCUCUACCUUUCCAAAUUAUCCAUAUAUAUAAUUUUCAAGCAGUCAGCAUUAAAAUCUUUCAGUUCAUUUAGGCUAAUGUACUUUAAGAGUAUUGCAAUUCAACACAUUAAAUUCUGUUAACAUAGUUGAUAAUUUAAAAAAAACAAGCAAUGUAUGUAUGGAUGGAAGUCUUCAAAUAACUUGUAGAUGUUUUAGAUGGUGAGGAUUGGGAAAUACCUCCAUAUUGCAUGCUUUAGCAGUCUGCAGCAUUGACUAUAAUGUUACUGAGUAAUAAGGGGCUAAAAUAAUUUCAGAUUUUCAGAGGCUCUUAUAUGUUGAAGUAUUUAUACUGCCUGAAUGUUAAAAUAAAACAAGUCAAUACAAGA